CAGCUGCCUGCGUAUGUCUUGCUUGCUACAGAAAAAGAACAUGCUGCUCCUCCUACUCUUUUUUCCUGAUAUUAUCUAGUAUUGUUCCUUCCCUCCCUCUCUUUGUUUCUCUUUCUGACCUCCUCACAGCUCCACGCCGCUCCACACUCCAUGCUUGCUUCAUCUCUUGAGAAGAAGACCACAGCUGAGUUUCCUAGCACGGCCCCAGGAGAUUUUCUUUCCUGAGCAAAGAGGACAGAAGACAAAGAGGGGGGGAAGCUGAAAGCAAGCCAGGCGGUUGCUGGCAGCACUGGUCUUGCUGCUAAAGCUACUGCAUUCAGAGACAUAAGGCAGGGGAAGCACCUUGAUGGAGAGAAGGAGAAAAGAAACUUGAAACUGGCUUCCCUUGUAGCAUGUUUUUGUCCUGAGCAUCCCCUCCCCACUCUGCUGUUGGUUAAAUGAGAGCAUGUGAAGACCAUGAGGUUUCCUGCUUGAGAAGGAGGGCAGGACUGGACUGGGUGAGAGAGGAAGAAGGCAAGUUGUGGUUUUGUGGUGUGGUUUACGCCAAGAUCAGAGCUAGUUUGCCUGGGGGUGGGAGCAGAAGGAGAAAGGGCAUCAGAUGCCAGCUGCCAAUAUGACAGAAACCCUGCAGCUCCCAGCACUGCAAGUCCCUGAGCAGCAGGUGGUGGAGGGUGGCUGUGCCUGGUCCAGUUCGUCCACCCCAACCCUGCGCAGGAAACGCUUCAAGAUGAGGCGGAUGAAGAAUGUGCAGGAGCAGAGCCUGGAGGCCAGCGGGUAUCAGGAUUCUCCUUCCUCCAGCAAGGAAUACCUGCAGCUCCCAUCCAUUGAAAUCACCCCCUCCAGUGAUGAGGACACUCCCUGGUCCAACUGCUCCACACCCAGUGCCUCCCCACGGCGCAAGCGCUUCCUUCUUCGGAAGUGGCUGCGUGUGAGAGAGAAGAAGGAAUACAGUGAGAGCAGCAGUCCGCAGAGCAGUCAGCAAAGCAGCCACGAUGAUGACUCGUCCAGAUUCCUGAGCCCUCAUAUGCGUGAGGACAGUACUGCCAGUAACUCAAACCGCAGCACACCUGCCUGCUCCCCGAUCCUGCGCAAACGCUCCCGCUCCCCGACACCGCAGGACUCCCAAGGAGACACCAUGGUGGAAAAAGGCUCCGACCACUCAUCAGACAAAUCCCCUUCCACACCGGAGCAGGGUGUACAGCGUAGCUGUUCCUCUCAGUCAGGCCGCAGUGGGGCCAAGAAUUCCAAGAAAAGCCAGAGUUGGUAUAAUGUGUUGAGUCCAACAUACAAACAACGGAAUGAAGAUUUCAGGAAACUCUUCAAACAACUUCCUGACACGGAGCGCCUCAUUGUAGAUUACUCAUGCGCGCUACAGAGAGACAUUCUCCUGCAGGGCCGCCUCUACCUCUCUGAAAACUGGAUCUGCUUUUACAGCAACAUCUUCCGUUGGGAGACACUGCUGACAGUUCGCUUGAAGGAUAUCUGCUCGAUGACCAAGGAAAAAACAGCACGACUCAUUCCUAAUGCCAUCCAAGUUUGCACUGACACUGAAAAGCACUUUUUUACUUCCUUUGGGGCUCGGGACAGGACGUACAUGAUGAUGUUCAGACUCUGGCAGAAUGCUCUCCUUGACAAGCCUCUCUGUCCGAAGGAGCUCUGGCACUUUGUUCACCAGUGUUACGGGAACGAGCUGGGUCUGACUAGUGAUGAUGAAGACUAUGUGCCUCCUGAUGAUGACUUCAACACAAUGGGCUACUGUGAAGAAAUCCCUGUGGAGGAGAAUGAGGUCAAUGACAGCUCCUCAAAAAGCAGCAUGGAGGCCAAGCCAGAAGCUAGCCCUCAGCUGCCAAAGAAAUCUGUCACUGCCAGCACUUUGACAUCUACGGGAAGCAGUGAAGCACCAGCCUCGUUUGAUGGAGUGUUACCAGAAGAGGAGGAGGCAGUGGCAGAGAGUCCUGUGGAAAAAGACCUUGGCAUUGCAAGUAUCAUGGGAGAGAAGUUAGAGAUUAUUGGCCCUGUGAAUUCCCCUUCCCUAGACUUCAAUGACAAUGAAGACAUUCCCACUGAGCUUAGUGACUCGUCAGAGACGCAUGAUGAAGGAGAAGUCCAAGCCUUUUAUGAGGAUCUGAAUGGCCGUCAGUAUGUGAAUGAAGUGUUCAACUUCAGUGUGGACAAACUGUAUGACUUGCUUUUCACGGACUCCCAGUUCCAGAGGGACUUCAUGGAACAGCGCCGGUUCUCAGAUAUUAUCUUUCAUCCCUGGAAGAAGGAAGAAAACGGCAAUCAGACCAGAGUGAUCUUGUACACCAUUACCCUCACCAACCCUCUGGCCCCCAAAACUGCCACUGUCACUGAGACGCAGACAAUGUACAAAGCCAGCCAAGAAAGCGAGUGCUAUGUCAUAGAUGCAGAGGUGCUAACUCACGAUGUCCCGUACCAUGAUUAUUUCUACACCAUUACCCGCUACACAUUGACUCGUGUCGCCAGAAACAAAAGUCGACUCAGGGUUUCCACAGAGUUACGUUACAGGAAACAGCUUGGGUGGCUGGUGAAAUCCUUCAUUGAGAAGAAUUUUUGGAGUGGCCUAGAAGAUUAUUUCCGUCAUUUGGAGAGCGAACUAACCAAAACGGAGAGCACGUACCUGGCUGAGGUCCACAGACAAUCCCCUAAAGAGAAAGUGAGCAAGCAAUCGACUGUGCGCCGUAGGAAACGGGCCCAUGCCAUCUGCGUGUUCCACCACUUGGAGGAUGCUGAGUCCGUCACCACCCCAACAGAUGAGGAGGUUUGCACAUCGAUCAAGCAUGUGGCAGGUUCCACUCAGACACGGCACAUCCCCGAGGAGAGCCCCAGCGGCUUCCACCUGCAGAGUGUCUCCAAGCUGCUUCUUGUCAUCAGUUUUGUUCUGGUGCUGCUGGUCAUUCUCAAUAUGAUGCUGUUCUACAAACUCUGGAUGUUGGAAUAUACCACGCAGACGCUCACAGCAUGGCAGGGUUUGCGGCUACAGGAAAGGUUACCCCAGUCUCAAACAGAAUGGGCCCAGUUACUGGAAUCUCAGCAGAAGUAUCAUGACUCAGAGCUACAGAAAUGGCGUGAGAUCAUCAAAUCCUCAGUGAUGCUUCUAGACCAGAUGAAGGAUUCACUAAUAAAUCUUCAGAAUGGCAUCGGGUCCCGAGACUUCGGGUCAGAUCCAGAGGAGAAACGGAAGCAUUUCCACUAACAGGCAGGAAUGCAGGAGGCCAGAGGACGGUGUGCAAUAUGUGUAAAU